AUGGCUCCUCCACCGAAGACUCCUAGUCGACACCGGUCUCGGUCAGAGACGAAGACUCCCUUGACUGCGUCCAUGUUCGGGGUCAAUGCCGCCGCGGACGCCUCCAAUCCCUUCAUCGUUCCCAGCAGGCCCGUGUCCCCGAUCAAGAGGGCCACUUCGUCGUCUCUCCAGGUCUCUGAAUCUCUCCAACGCCAAGCCAGCAUGGGCGUCAUACGCAGAGGCGGGGUGGAGAGCAGGUUGGACGUAGUCACACGCGAUUACGUGCCGCCCAAAUCCGAGAAGCGUUCGCGCUCACAACCUACAAGAGACACUCGCGACCGCUUCAUCACGACUCGCGAUACCGCAGAUGAAGUGGCCGCUACACUCGACCUCAUGUCACUCAACCCUCAGUCGGCGUCGCCUGGCCACACAGCACGCCUUGCUGCCGCGACGGGCGUGCCACUCAAUCGUCGUGUCCUGGCCUACCAUGAGCCACCGCCGGCCGCGUCAUCCGAUCCACUCAUGGCGCAGGCACGAGAACUCGUCCGCCCUUUGUAUGCUCGUGCGGGUUCUGCACCCGCGGGUAGUUCUGGGACUACCGGCAAGGACCGCAAGAUCUCCACCUUCCCGUACAAGAUCCUCGACGCGCCCGGGAUGCUCGACGAUUUCUACCUGAACCUGAUCUCUUGGGGAUCCCAGAACGUCGUUGCCAUUGCGCUCGGGAGUAGCGCAUACAUCUGGAAGGCGGAUACCGGCGAGGUUGUGCUCGUCUCGGAAGGCCCCGAGGACUCAUACAUCUCAUCCCUGGACUUCUCCAACGAUGGCCAAUUCCUCGGCGUCGGCUACCCAUCUGGCACGGUCGAGCUGUGGGACGUCGAGGCGCAAUCGAAGCUACGCACAAUGACCGGGCACUCCGCGCAGGUCGGCUGUUUGUCUUGGUACGAGCACCUCCUGAGCUCGGGCUGUCAAGACGGAAGUAUCUGGCAUCACGACGUGCGCGUCGCGCGUCACAAGGUCAUGGAGCUUCUUGGACACCAGGGCGAGGUGUGCGGGCUGAAGUGGCGUGCGGACGGCGACCUGCUGGCCAGUGGAGGAAACGACAACGUCCUCAACGUGUGGGACGGACGAAUGGGCGACGUCGGGACCGCGAGCUCGAGUGCGCGGUCGGCCGCGCGGUGGACGAAGCGUAACCAUACCGCGGCGGUGAAGGCCGUCGCGUGGUGCCCAUGGCAGCCGGCACUCCUUGCGUCGGGCGGCGGGACGUCGGAUGCGACGGUACACAUCUGGAACACGACGACCGGCGCGCGACUGCACUCCCUUGUAACUCCGGCUCAAAUCUCGUCCAUCCAGUGGUCGCCUCAUCGGAAGGAAUUCAUGACUACCCACGGGUAUCCGACGAACGCGAUCAUGGUUCACAGUUACCCGUCGAUGGAGAAGGUGGCCGAGAUCCGGGACGCGCACGACUCCCGUGUUCUCUUCAGCGCGCUCGCGCCUAACGGAGAGUUGGUAUGCACGGCGGCAGGCGACGAGAACCUGAAGUUCUGGAAGAUUUGGGAGGCGCCGAAGGUGAAGAAGGGCAAGGACGCCAAGGACUCAACUUCGCUCGGGCGCACGAACAGCGGGAUCCUCAGCAUCCGGUGAGGUGUGGGAUAUCUGCCAGUAUCGUGGAGGUGUUCGGCUUGUAUACAUGUACCAGUAUCUCUCGUUUUAUCAUGCGUGCGCUAGUCGUUGAUCGCAUCCAGUCUAUGUUUUGC